AUGUCUUCUUCGCCUCCUGACCAGACUGCUUUAAUGCAGGAGAUCCUCAAUUCCAUCAAGAGUCUCCAACUCAACCAGUCCCAACUUGCAUCUAAUGUCGAUGCCAUUACUGGCCGUGUCAAUGUCUUAGCUGGUAUGAAGGAAGUACGUGAUGUUGCUUCUACUGAUUCAGCAACUAUUUCCAACCCUUCCGAACCUCUUGCAAGCAGCGAUGAAAGUACAUCCAAAGAUGAUGCUUUCAAAGAUGCCGAUGUGCCCAAAUCUCCAACUAUCUCGGCGGCAAAGCCCGAGGAGACACCCAUUCCUUCUUAUCCUCAAAAAGCAAGCACUGGUACUUCUCGAAUCAUUCUCACUACAUACCCCGGACAAUCCGGUAUCAAUCCCCUUCCUAUGGAAUGGGGCCAUAGCGAUCCGCAAAUUAGAGGCCCGGUAGUUGUGUCCAGAGCUACGGAAACUGCCAGAAGACGUAACGCCCACGGUGGAUCUUAUUCGAUAUAUUAUGCUUUGGCUGUUGCCAGCAAGGAGAUCAAGGCAGAUCACAAGCCGGAUUUCACAAACACAGAGCCUGCUGCAAAUAUUGGACCGUUUCCUCAAUGGGCUGACAAGAAGAAGAUAGUAUCGAUGGAUCCCUUGGGCCAUCUUGCUCCAUGGCUUUUUAAGGAUACAAUUGAGAAGGAAAAUGUUGAUAUUAGACCUACUAUUGCAAUCACCCGAGCUCAUAUGAAGCUACCAGAACUGGAAACUAGUGUUCGUGAAGGUCGGCUCGUACCGGAUGGCAAAAUUUGCCUGAAUGAGGCGGGAGAGCUUGCAGUAACGAAAUUUGCCGUUGAACCGGUCUGGUACUUGCCCGGAGUCGCUGAGCGAUUCGGCAUUUCCGAGGGGGUUCUCAGGAGAGCAUUGUUUGAGCACACUGGUGGAUCAUACCCCGAAUUGAUUACCAGGGGCGAUAUUAAGCUCUUCAUGCCACCAAUUGGUGGAUUGACCGUCUACUGCUUUGGAGACCCCGCGAAGAUGUCAGAUGAGAAUGUUCGCCUAGCUUUACGAAUACAUGACGAGUGUAACGGCAGUGACGUGUUCGGAUCUGAUAUCUGUACAUGCCGUCCUUACCUGAUCUAUGGUAUUGAGGAGGCUGUCAAAGAGGCGCAAAAGGGCGGAAGCGGAGGUGAAAAAGAGGGUAGAGCUCUUGGAGAGGUCACAAAGUACCUCGUUUACAACGCCAGAAAGCGCGGACUUGAUCGAGCUUCGGAAUAUUUUAAACGCACGGAAAAUAUCGCCGGUGUAAAAGAUAUGCGCUUCCAGGCGUUGAUGCCCGACAUUCUUCAUUGGUUGGGAAUAAAGAAAAUUGACAGAAUGCUAAGUAUGAGCAAAAUUCCCAUACAUGAACGAGUUGAACUACCCGAAUCUUGGAUCCCAGCAGAUUCGAGGGUCGAGAUUGAUGCCAAGAUUACAGCAGGAUACUUCACUACUGGUCACAGAAUGACUGAGGAGGAGCUCGCUGCCGUCAAGGGACGUAGUUGGGAUGAAACACGAUUUUUUCUUACCGGUGUUAUGUUUUGUCAGAUCUCGGUUGAGCAUGGUGACUUGUUUGACAGAACAUACGACAUAUGA